GGGGCGGUGACCGGCAGUCCCCGGGCGCUGCCGCCGCGUGGAGCCGCGCUGCCUGCACCCUGCCCGCACCCUGCCCGGCUCACCCCGAGCCGUGCCCCUGCGGGCCGCCGGCGGCGCGGGGAUGGGGUCGGGGCUGUGAGGGCGGCGUGAGCCGUGGCCAUGGGGAACAUCUCCUCCAACAUCUCCGCCUUCCAGUCCCUGCACAUCGUCAUGCUGGGCCUGGAUUCGGCGGGGAAAACCACGGUGCUUUACCGGUUGAAGUUCAACGAGUUCGUUAACACCGUGCCCACCAUCGGUUUCAACACGGAGAAGAUUCGGCUGAGCAACGGGACGGCCAAGGGCAUCAGUUGCCACUUCUGGGAUGUGGGUGGUCAGGAGAAGCUGCGCCCGCUCUGGAAAUCCUACAGCCGCUGUACCGAUGGUAUCAUCUACGUGGUGGACUCAGUGGACGUGGAUCGGCUGGAGGAGGCCAAAACAGAGCUGCACAAGGUGACCAAGUUCGCCGAGAACCAGGGUACCCCUCUGCUUGUCAUCGCCAACAAGCAGGACCUGCCCAAGUCCCUGCCGGUGGCCGAGAUCGAGAAGCAGCUGGCCCUGCAUGAGCUGACCCCUUCCACCACCUACCACAUCCAGCCCGCCUGCGCCAUCAUCGGCGAGGGGCUGACGGAGGGCAUGGACAAGCUCUACGAGAUGAUCCUGAAGCGGAGGAAGUCCCUCAAGCAGAAGAAGAAGCGGUAGAAACCCCGCAGAGGCGGGGAGGGCUGGGGAAGCAGACAAAGGAACCGAGGGGGAGAGAACCAAAGCGAUCCUUUUUCGUUGUAAUUGUUAUUUUUUUCCCCUCUUUUUUCCCCCCUCCUUUCGAAAUGAAAAGACAACAGUGGCGAUAACAAAGCCGCUCCUGCCAGCCAAGCCCAGAUCCCGGCUGCGGGAUCUCCCCUCCCACCGCCCCUUUACCCGGGCCACACCGUGCUCACAAGGGCCGACCCGGACCUCCGGGGCCGGGACGGAGACCUGCGAACGGGGGCGAGACACCCCACUCCCCUCCCCCUCCGUCUUUCGGGACCACCGAGCUUUUGUGUGCCGGGAGCGAUCAGGGCAGGACCCUGUUGAAGUGCAUUUGAGAGAAGCCCAGCGUGCUUAUGGAUCUUUAACGUGUGCAUUUGGGGGAGGGGAGGGGGGGAAUGGAUGCUGGGGAGGGGUGAAGACAGCGCCUGGGCUCGGCAAGGUCAGCGGUGCCCCGAUGCCUGCCCGCAUCCCCGCAUCCCUCCCCUGCGUUUUUCGGUGGGAAGGGGUGUUGGACCAGCACAAAACCCUCGUUGGUGGGGGUGAUGGGUAAGGGGACAACCCCCCCACCCCGCCGGCUGGUGUUCCAGGGCACGGAUGUGUGCAAAGCAAGGACAGGCAGCCUUCAGCCCCGGGGAGUGUGUAAUGCUGCGGCGCAGGGGGUGCUUAGCAGUUGCUGACUGGUGCUGAGCUUCAAGCUGUCUGCUUUAAAAAAAAAAAAAAAAAAAAAAAAAAGGAAAAAAACCCAAACAGCAAGGGGUUUGGGAGCUGGAAACGUUGCUGGAAGUGUUUGGGGCGGGGGGUUGUCAAGGAGCCCCCUUCCUCAAAGGCUCAGACGUGUCACCUUCUAAAGCAAAACCCGGAGCAGGUCUUUAUUGUGCCCAGGCAGAGGCAGGCUCGAAGGUGCUAAUUUGCUCCAGCUGGGGUGAUCCAAACUAGGGGUUAUUUCUUAAAAAACAAAACAAAACAAAAACCCACGCACAGAAAAAGCAAGCUGCAUGGUACCGGUCACCGUGCUGCUCCAACCGUCGGUGCAGGAGGUCAGGGCAGCACUUGCUAAACAUGGGGGUUUGGGGUGGAGGGGUCAGGGCAAGGCAAGGCAAGACAGGCGGGUGCCGGCACUGAGAUGGCUAGAGCUUGCAAAAAUGUGUUCUGCGAAGGGACUCGGCAGCGCCGGGAAAAUGGCAGGGUGUGAAGAGAUUGGGGGGGGGGAGGUAGCAUUGGGGGUGUGUGAGUUUUUUAUAAAGAUUUCAACCCGAUUCAAAGCAGAGAGCCCCAUGCUUCCAGCAGUAGCUGUGUGGGCUGCCUCUGCCUGCUGAGCACCCGGGCAGGGUCAGGCCCUGCUGCGUCCUUGUGCAGGUGGACAUUUUGGUAUUUGGAUGGGACUGAGGUCCUGGGGACCAAAAAUCAUUCACUGUCUGUGUUUUGGCCUGGGACCCAUCUCUCUGGAGGAGAAAACCAGGGUCCUGGCUUUCUAUGCUGCCUAUGCAGCAGAAGCAGGCAGCUCUCGGGGUGGGGACAAAUAUCCUGAAUUUUGAGCCGUGUGGUCUGGUGGGUGUUUCUGGUGAUUUUACACCAGCCUUCCCGUUUGAAAACCCCUUCCCAGAGCAGCCAAGGAGAAACCACCAAGCAGACAAAAGAAAAAUGCCCUUCGGGUUUCAGGGAGUUGAUUCUCCCCUUGCAGCGUUAACGCGGCACCUUCCAAAUAGUGUGUUGGUGGUUUUUUUUGUUAGGAAACAAAUGUUGCAGCCAAGUAGUAUUUCUCUCCUUGCGGGAUCUGAGUUCCCAAUGCAAGUCCUGACUUGUAUGCUUAGUGAGUGGGCUGGUCCCAUCAGUUCAGGUGGCUCUGUUCCCACUUCCUUGGGUUUUCUUUGCUUUGUCUUCACCUCCAACACUUUGGUACUUGCUGUCGAGAGAGAGAAAAAAAAUUUAUUUAUUUUUGAUGCCACAGAAGCCACAUGCAUUAGCCCUUUUUUGGCGAGCGACCCAUUUUAGAGGCGAAAUAUAAAGCUAUGAUUUCCCCACCAGCUCAAAAGCAAUCAGGUUUUAAAAACAACACGUGCAGGCUAUUAGUUGUGGGUUUUGUCUCUGCUGUCGAGACAUAGGCCUUGGUUUGACAAACGCUGUCAUGGAAAGCCUGGUGGCGUGCAUUUACAGAGCUCAGUCCUUCCUGGGGGUUUGUUAGACCCAGCACAGCUGAGCAUCCCCUUGGAUAAAUGGCUGGUUUUCAGCAGAGCACUUAAGCAUGCACCGAACUAGCAGUGCACACUUGACGGUUCAGCUGAGCCAGGAGGGACGCUGUCGCAGUGCCGUUCCCACCAACUCUGCUUUCUGCAAUAAUUAAAAAAACGUUUCCAAUUAGGAGCUAAUGGCUUCCGUGGUAUUUCUGUAACGUUUCACAACCGUAUGCUGAUUUUUCCUGUAUGAAGAUGUGUGUGACCUACAGUGGACUAGAAGAAGAGGUGCCUCAGCAAAACAGCGGUUAAGCGAAACUGCCUGGGUUGUUGCUCUGAAAACGUGCUGGGUUUUUUGCAGGACUGUGUGUCUUCUCUAAACAUGUUUGAAUGACCUUUUUUUUUUUCUAAGCAGCUGUCACAAGGUACCGGUUUCGUUUCCCCAGGUACCUUUGCGGUGUUCUCCAUCAGUGUUGGAUAUCCUGCUGCCCACAUCCUACCCUUGCCAUUGUCCGUCAAUCUGUGUUCCUCCUGUCUUUUCUUCUUUUUUUAAAAGAUGCAGACAUGAUGCUGUGAACUGAAAUAAAUUAUUUAUACAAUGAAAGGGCCUGAUAAAAAAAAAAAACCAAA